AUGGCCGAUCAGCAUGAGUCCAUCAGUCUCAAUUGUCCUCCGGUGGACCCAUCAGCAGCUGCAGCGCACAACUGGUUCCCCGGACCCCCUCCACCAAUCUAUUCCUGUACCCUGACCCCUGAACUGGUGGCCAAAGCACGAGAGGAGCUUCAGGAAAAGCCAGAGUGGCGUCUCCGGGAUGUCCAAGCACUGAGAGACAUGAUACUUAAGGAGCAGCCCAACCUCAGGACCCGACUGGAUGACACCUUCCUCCUGCGCUUCCUGCGGGCCAGGAAGUUUGACUAUGACCGAGCCCUGCAGCUGCUACUCAAUUACCAUGCAGGACGUAAGGCUUGGCCGGAGGUGUUCCAGGACCUGAAGCCGUCCACGGUAAAACACGUGUUGGACUUGGGCUUUCUCACAGUCCUGCCACAGCCGGACCCCAACGGAAGAUACAUCCUCUGUCUGCGGCCAGGAAAAUGGAAACCAAAUGAUUAUCCAUUUGUUGACAAUGUGAGAGCCAUUUACCUGACUCUGGAGAAGCUGAUCCAGCCAGAGGAAACGCAGGUGAACGGUAUCGUCAUUUUAGCUGACUACACCGGUGUGGGCAUGUCACAAGCGUCCAAUCCAGGCCCGUUUCUUGCCAAAAAGGUUGUGAGCAUCCUCCAGGAUGGGUUUCCAAUCAGAAUCAAGGCUGUUAACAUAAUUAACGAGCCCAGGAUUUUCAAAGGCAUCUUUGCUAUAAUUAAGCCAUUUCUGAAGGAGAAGAUGGCAGAGAGGUACAUCCUCCAUGGCUCAGACCUUCGCUCUCUGCACCGGAACAUCCCGCGGUCGGUCCUGCCGGAGGAAUACGGUGGCACUGCAGGCCAGCUGGACAUGAGCGCGUGGUCGAGACUGCUGUUGGACUGUGAGGAGGAAUUUAUAGUAGAGUUCUGUCAGCCGGAUCCACUAGAGGGCGUGGUGCUCCCAGACUCCAUGCUGUUCGAGGGAGAGCAGGCCAGCGGGCAGGAUGACGACACCUUCAGAGGGCUGCGCUCUCAACUUUACUACUGUUACUGAUGCACACUGUAGAUGCGUACACUCCCAUCACUGAGAGGACAUUUUCUGUUUCAUUUGAAACAUUUGUGUAGACUUUUACAGGGCAAGUUGCCAAUAUUAUACAUGGAUUAUUUUACUAAGCAGCACUACUAUAGGUGGAAAGUCUUCUCUAGUUUUUACAUAGCCCAGCAUUCAACAACUGGUCAAAGGCAGAGCCAGGCUCUAGGAAAGAGGCUUUUGACAUUAGCUAAUGCAUGUUUACCCAUUGCUGGUGGCCUCUACAAAUUCAUUGUUACUGAUGUGUAAAGGAUAGGUUUACAUUUUUCUAAAGCUGGGUGUGCAGAUGUACAUUGAAACAGGUUUUGCUUGCCAUUCCUCUAAAAAUACUAAAGGAUGGCUUCUUAUUGUGCAUCCAAAGUAAGAUUGGGGACAAAAUCUACUGUCCUUCUGUUGUGUUUAGCUGAAGCAGGUACCAGUUAGACAAAUCUAGUAAGUUUCUUCCAAAGGUCCUGUCUUUACUGCAAAACCCUGUCUCUCCACAGCAGCUCAGCACACUAAAACAGUCGAAGGGAAAACACAAACUUUUGAAGUUUCCCUCUUAAUUUGACUGCUCAAGAUUCUUGUUGGCUUCAGCUGAACUCUGAAAUACAUUUUUGCAUUGUAUGUGAACUGUAAAUUGGAAGCAGCCUCUCUACAUAGUGUGUCUGAGCAGAAGUAAUAAUUACAUUGGUUUCCUUUAUUUCAGUAUACAUGUGUUACUUGUAAAGACAGACAGGGAAAAGUGUGACUCUGUCUUUUAACAUCUUCAGAUGAAUUCUAAAAAUUGCCUCUGAACCUCACACUUCUUCAGUUAAUUUAGUAUCUUCACACUGGCUGUCAGUGCCACAGUGGUCAUUAGUGUUGAGUCUGCAUGGUUUGCAUUGCUCCACAAUUCAGCUAAAAACAAAUGGAGACAGUUUUUUUGCGUGCACAACCAUCAAAUAUAUUGCCUUAAACUGUUGCUAAAAUCAUGUCAGAUCUGUGUGCACCACAGCAAUAUUCAUGUGCAUUCUCAUCAGGGCUUGUCUUAUAUAAGAGAGGAUAUACUUCAGUGUUAGAGAGUGGACAUAGAUUUCUGCUGUGGCUGAGAGUAAUGUCAUAGAUUUGCUGGUAAACGUUUUAGCUGAAUAUGUAACUCAUAUUUCAGAGCUUUUGUUUAGUUGAUGCUUUAGUUUUCUGGCUUGGAUCUUCUGAGAGGAUUAUUUUUCUAAGUUCAGAUUAUCUGCCUUAUGUUUUUUUUUGUAACCUUCUUUGACCUGUUUGCCUGUGUUUCAUCACGCAGUCUUAACACAGGGCCAUUACUGAUCACAGUCUCAUGGGGGAUGGAACAUUCAGUGCUGAUUUUAUUUUUUUUAAGACAUGUGAUAUGCCAAAUUGUACACCAGGCCAUGUACAGAAAUGUGCAAUAAUAUUUCAUCUGUUUUCUUCCAGUAGCCCAAAGCUAUCUCAAGCAUUUUAGUUUAGUCUUUUAUAUUUUUUAUUUUAAGCAUGUCUGUGACUACAAACUGUGUAUUGUGUUGCAGGAUAUUUAUUGUUGGUCGUGAAGACAGUAAAGUAAAACUCUAUUAGAGAAAGUGCCAUUUU